AUUUUUUUACAAUGACAAACAACUUGGCCAAUAAUACAGACAGGCAAGUUAGUGGCCAUAAUACAACGAAAAACGACCACUAACUAUAUUUCCAAUUUGAUUCAAUUCACACUCAAGUGCCUUAUACCAAUCGUGAGUGACGCAUAGAUACGGACAAAGCAAGGUGCGGACAAACACGUUAAUAUAAUAGAAACAAAUAUGUAAUAAAACAAAAAAAAAAAAGAACUCAAUAAAAAAUAAAUACAAUAUUUAAAAGCAAAUAAAAAAAGUAUAUUUGUAGAACGUCAAACCAACCAACUAAGUUCAUUGUCACUCACGUUCAUUAAUUACAACAAGAAAAUUUUUAAAAUUAAAAAGAAAAAUCCAAAAAAUAUAAAGAAAAGUGUGUUUUUAAGAAGAUUUUGUUGUUAGUGUUUUGAGUGCGUUCGCUGUUGCCCUUGGUCGUGAUAUAAAAAAAAGUAUUGAUCAUUUUUGUGUUGUAAAAAAAUCCAUUUAUCUAAAUAGAAAUGUAAUUCCAAUUUGAAAAAAAAAAACAACAGAAUAGAAAAUAGAAUAAAAAUAUUUCAUAGACAAACUCGAGGUUGCUGCCUGAUAAAUAUUGGAAUACAUUCAUACAGACCAGCCCGCUGCUGUUAACUUGUUUGUUUCUUGUUUUGUUUAGUGCUUUGGCUAUUUUGGCUACAAUAUAUUCAUACGUAAUUUUGUUUUGUAUUUUAAUUUUUUAAGCAAAGUGAUGUGCUACAUGCUAAAUAAUAAAUAAAUUUAUCGAGAAACCUUGAAAAUAAAUAAGUUUUUGUUUUCUUAAUUGUAAAACUGAAAACGAAUUUGACGAAUGCUGCAAUUUAUAGUGAAUUAAAUUCUUUUCCUGUUUCAAUGGUUUAUAACAUACAUACCAAUGAAGACGGUAUAUGCAACACAACUGAUUCAUAAUCCUUUACGAUGUUGCAUGAAUAUUAAUAUUUGUUAUAAACCAACAAAAAGAACAAAAUAUCAUUAAGCCAUAAGACUACCUUCAAGCACGAUACGAACAUAUACAUAUUUUGAAAAAGAAAAAAAAAAAACAAAAAAUCCCUUACUCCUUAAGCUAUCUAAUUAAUUUAAUACAUACAAACAACAUCAACAAAAAAGCAGAAAACAAAAUUUAAUAAAAGUGUGAAUAUGAAUAGAAAGUAACCUGAGGAAACGAACGAAACCUGUAGAGAACAAAGAGUGAUAAACACAUAUAACAAAAAUAAAAACAAACGCACAAACGGAAUUUCAGUUUAAAAGCCAAACCCUUCUUGUUGUUUUAAAUUUGUGACACCUUAAAAAUUCACACGUCUCCGCUUACAUACUACAUACAUCACAAAUAUUAUACUGCUGAAAUAGAAAACUGAAACAUUAAUAAUUUAUAAUUAUGACAUCAUAUGCCACAUUAAGAGAUAAUGCCAACUCAACUGAAGAUGGCUUAACACCAACAUCAACACCACUGACACCACCAACUCUGGAAUUGGCAUCUUCCGCAAAUAAUUUAGCAAACAAUGUCUGUAUGAAGAAAAUGAAUACACCAACGACACCAGGCUAUGAUCCGGAUUCAUUUUCCGAAAGUGAACGUGAAAAAAUGGACUCAACUCCAGAGAAUAUUAAAAAAAUCGAUGAUGUCAUUGAUGAAGAGGGUCAUCUUCGUCGAGAAAAUACUAAAACUACUACCGUCCAGCAAGAACAUCAUUAUAAUAUUAAUAAUACACCGCCAUGUUUGUCACCCCGUUCAGAGCAAGCUGCAAGUUUUGGUUUAGCUGCUGCGGUUGAUGACUCAAAUGCUAAGUUUUGUCUUGCCAAACCACUUUGCAAUAUUCCAAAAGAAAUGAAUGUCGGUAGUAAAAGCGCUAAUAAAGAAAUAACAAGCAGUAGAGAUAACAAAAACGAUGACGAAGAACUAAGUAGUGGAUCAGCACGGCAAGAAGCAACUACAACAAGCGUAAAGACUAAAACGGCAGCCACAAACGCAGACAAUAGUAAUAGUGAAAAAGAAGCACACUUUUCAUACGAUCAUGGUGAUGGUGAUGAGUCAACAUCUUCAAAUGGUAAUACAACAAUGACAAACUCUAUGAAACAGUCGUGCGCCUUUACCAUAGACAAUUUCAAUGAUAAGGAAUGUGAUGCUGCUGCCCAGGCUGCCAAAUAUAAAAGUAUGAUGGAACGUUUUCAAAGUCGUCAUCGACGUGGUGCCUCUAUGUCCAAACUGGAAAAUGAGAAUGAUUCAUCAGCAUCGACAACGAAAGCACAGACACCUACACGUCUAACAAGUUCACAGUCGUCAGCACUAUUAACGUCGAGAUCAACAGGUCGUAAUUCACAGGCCCACAAUGAUAACAAUUCAUUGGAGUCUGAUACUUCUGCCACACAAAAGGUGAAGUUGCGUGUACGAGAUCGUAGCACCUCACGUGUGCGUGAUGCAUCAAAACGUCACAGCUGGUCGCCACGUUCAAGUACAAACGAAAGCAAUUUACAAAGUCCACAAUCCAAUACGGCGUCAACAACAACUUCCAAUACAUCACAAUCUGCAAUGCGUAAAUCUACAAAAACUGCUAACAAGCCACCACCCAUACAAGUACCCAAGGGUGCAUCAAAUUUAGUAGCAAAUCGUACACAAUUUACCCCUCGUUCUACAGCCAUGCAAUUGGCUUUAAAACAAGUGGAUUUUAUGUGCCCUCAACCUCCUUUGGCCGAUUUUAAACAUCUCAAUGCUGAUGCUGACGAUAUCAGCGAAGCGGGAACUUAUACAUUAGAUGGUGACAACUAUACAGAAGAACAGAAAGAUCUCAUGAACAUUGAUAAAAACGGACAACCCAUAGUGGACAAUCCGCGUAGAACAAAAAGCCGUCCAAAGCAAUUGGAUGCUUUAACACCAACACCUAGAACACAGGGUACUGUUGAAUCAAAACGCUCGAAUAACGUCUUAGAAGUUAAUUACUAUCAUGAAGCUGAAGCUUUGGAACAACGACAACGGACUAGUAAUUCAACAUCAGAUCUAAUAAUGGGUUCUCAUCAAUCGGCUGGAGCUUAUUUGGAGAAAAUUAAAUCUCGUGUGUUGCGCAACAUGAAUGCCACAAAACAAAUGGACAUUAAACAAGACGUUUUGAAAUCUUCUCACAGUCAACCGACCGAUGAUGAGGAUGUUGAUCCUGAUUUGGGCUGUUUUACAAGUGUCACAACAAGUGGUGUAUUGGCCAAACAAAGAACACUAGAUGCUCGACCCAAACUAUCACGACAUAGUGGUUUGUCAACAUCUCAAAUUGAUAGUUCGGAGUAUGUAAGUAAUGAAACAAAAUUGAAAAGCUCUGGCACACCAGCAUCUCUAGCCGGUGGCUUUACGGAUCUUCAAAAGGCCGAAUAUCGGCUGAAUGUAUUUACAAACCAGAAAGAUGCUUCACAGAAAUUUGCAGCUACUAGAAACCUUAUAGAAACACCACCGGAAACUCCAACUGGUCCACAACCAACUUCAAAACUGAGUGAAGUUGCCGUAUUGCAGACGGCUCAAACUAAACACGAUUGGAUACAGGAAUGGGCGCGCAAUGCCCGUGCUCGUAGUUUGGCGAAUGAUCGACAUGUUAGUGUAGGUGUACGACAAGCCAAUCAGGAUAUGCUAAUGACACGGUCAUACACUUGCGCUGACACGGGAAACGAGUCCUUGACAGACGAUAGCCUAUACAGUGCUCACAGUAAACAAUUCAAUGCGAAAUUGAAUCGAUCACUAGCAGAACGAUUGCGUUUGGCGGGAAAUGGUUCCGGAGAAUGUGAUUACGCCAGUGAUCCUUCUCUUACUACAUCGACUUCAUAUUCGAAGCCUCCUAAGAGCCCUACAAAGAUACCUUCACCAUUGCAUUCACUUGGCAGAGCACGCAGUGCCAGUCGUACAAGAGCCUCCCUACAAAAUAUUUUACCAGCUGAUGAUGAAGAUUACCUGCAACAAACAGCUGCUGCAAUAAAUAACCUUCAACAAAGUCUUUCCCGUAAGAAUUCUCUCAAAUCUCCAUCGCAUUCAGCUUCUCCACGUGCUCAUUCAGCACGCUCACAUAUCAUUUAUUCACCAGAGGGCACAGGAGUUGACAGUAGCCCACAGCAUAGUUUGAAUGCCCAACGUCAAAGACAAGCAGCACAGAAUUUAAUGACCAGCAGCAUAAACGAACAGCAGUUGCAAAUGUUAACUAGUGGCGAGUAUUUAUUGCGACAAAUGAGAAUGCGUAAGAACUCAUUUGACGGUAACUUGGCCGGCUCUGGUUCACCCCAUAGAAGAGUAUUACAAGGUGGUGGACCUCCACAAGUGCAAUCACCCACUACUCCUACAGCUCCAGAUGAUCAAUCUUCACCUUUGAGAAGAUCUAGUUCAUUUUCUGCACGUGUUGCAGCUACUCAAAGAGCCGGACGUCCAAACUUUCAAAAUCUUUACACGCCACCAGCAGCCCGACACAGUUAUGGUCUUAGUGUGGCCCCACAACAUCAUCAGCAAUUACAAGCGAUGCAAGCAAUUAAGAAAUCAGCGAGUAGUAAUAAUUUUGGUCAUGUAUACAGCGAUUACGAUGACAAUUUACAGUAUUAUAUAAACGACGAAGAUGAUCAGAAUGACAUGGAUGAAGAAUAUUACUCGAGCGGUGCAGAGGACAAUGUCGAACCCGAAUACUACCAUGAUCAACAGGACCAAUCAGAGAUUGAGAAUAGUGUGCCCCUAUCUAACACUAGAUACAAUAAAGCUUUAUUGAUGCGUAUUGAACGCAGCAAACAAAGGGUGGCCGGCAAACCACAGUCAGCUCCGCCUACAAAGCCAUCGACCGCUUUAGCUGCUACAGCUGGUGGAGUUAUGGCGUGUCCUAACACACCCGAAUUGCCCAGAAGAAACGUUAAAAGUGCUACGACCCGGUCCAGUGUCACAUCACAACGCCAGUCAAUGCCGAGAGAUACUAGUCUAAGUCGUCUGGCUCAGCAAGUUCCAAGCUCAUUGGCAUCUGCCAAAAAGCAACUUUUACAAACUGCUGCCAAUGUACCAUCCACUACAACAACACAGCGUUCCACAUCUAGUCAAAGAGCUACGCCUCGUUAUCUGGAUAUAUCGAAAUAUAAACCCGCCCAAAGUAAUCAAUUUUUACGUAAAAACGAUGCCAAAAGUACACUUAAGCAACCUUCAAAUGAUAUUAUGAAACGCAGUCCUAGUAGUUCCUCUAUGGGUUUGUCGCGUGCAGAUCCAUCACGGGCCAGUAAUCGUUCAGUACGCUCAGCGACAUCUGUUAUGACUACUAGCGGUACUUCAUUGGGUGGUGGUGGUAGAGCUUCGUCUGCCGUAAGAAGAGAUGCCUCAGUGAGCAAACAAAAAGAAGCUGAAAUGGCCAUGUGGAAGCGAAGAUCUAAAUACGAUCCCAUGAAAGCAGCUGCUGAGGAUCGACGCAAAAAGGAGGAGGCCAAACGUGUAGUACAGGCUCAGCAAUUAGGCGUUGUUAGUAUGCCAUCUGAGAGCGAACGAUCUUUGGAACAACAAUGGUCAAUUGAAGAGACUGGAGAUUUUGACGAAGAUGACUGUGUUUAAAUUAAAUAAAAUUCCUGUUAUAACUUAACAAUCGCUUAACAAUUUCAGCAAUGCGAUAAUAUUACGAAACAAAGAAAAAUAAUUAAAUGUUUUCCUUUUUAAUUUUUGUAUAGAGUCAAACAACGUGAUAUAGCUUACCUUAAAAAACAAAGAACUUUAAUUAAAUUAUUUAAGAAUUUACAUUUAUUGAGCAAAAAAAAAAAAAACAAAACAAAAACAUACCAAUAAAUCAUAAGAGUGCAUUCGUAUGAUUUUAUUUUAUCAUUUUUAUUGUUAAAAAAAAGAAAUGAAAAACAAAAAGAAAAGUAAAUAUUGAAAAUACUAAAGAAAAUUGUCCUACAACUACUACUAAUUAUAAUAAAUAAUUAAAUAAUAAAAUAUAAAAUAAUGCAAGCGUUUAAGUAGUUAUAUACAUUUCUCCAUUUCUUUUUUUAUUAUUAUUAUGUGUAUGAUGUAUGAUUAUUUUAAAUAUUUUUCUAAUGAUGAGUAUGUACUAUCUACAAUAUACAUAUAAUAGAAUAGAAUAUAAUAGAUUAUAUAUAUUUUGUAUAAUUAUAUUUGAUUUUUCAAUACAAGUUGUUUUAUUAUAUACAUCUAUUUUAAUCUAUAAUGAAUAUACUACCAAGCCACUAAAAAGAAAAAACUCUAUAUUUAGAGUUUUAAUUAAAAGAAAAUUAAAUUAAAACUUUAUGCUUUAAAAUAUACAUUUGAAAUAAAAUUAAUUACAAUUUAUUAAAUAUUAUUAAUAAUGAUAAUAAUUGUAGUAUAUUAAACAACAUUGUAUUCUUUAAUUGAUUUAUUAAUUAUAAAUUGCUAAAGCAAGUUAAACAUGAAAACAAAAACCUAUGUUGUGAAAUUAAAUUUAAUUUAGAAUUAUUAUUUUAUUUUACAUUAUUAAUAUGUAUGUGUAUAUUUUUAAAAACAAAUAAAAUCUAUUUAGUAAUAUCAAAUACAAUUGGUACUAAUACUCAAAAAAAUAUAUAUAUAAAGAAACAAAAACUAAAACUAACUUAACUCCAUAUUAUAUCUAUAAAUUAAAUAAAGAAAAAAUCUAUAUAAAUAUUAAAAGAAACAAAAUAUGUAAUCAUUAUUAUUAUUAGAUAUUUGUAAAAGUUUGCAUGAUGCAACUAAGAAAAGAACAAAAUUCUUUAUAAAUGUUUAAAUUAAAAGAAAAUGGAAUUGUUUAUUUUACUUUAGUUUCAUCUGGUUUUAAAAAAAAAAUCAUUUAAUUAACGACUGAGUUUAAAAAGGGAUCAUUGAUAUUGGUGACAUCAAAAACAUAUACAUAUACGAAACUAAAUUUGUUAAAAAUACAUAUGAAAAAAUUUGAAAUUUCAUUUUGAAAAUUAGGAAACGAAUUUUAAACCAAAUUGUAGGGAUUGCUUACUUUCUAACUAUUUAGUAGUAGUCGUAGUAUUAUUAAAAUUUGGUUGUUUUUAAAUUAUGAACAAUAAAUUCGAAUAUAUCAUUAUUACAUAAAAAA